GUUAAUGGGUUUCCCCACCAAUCGUUUACAGCUCAGCCCAGACUGCUCAGCUAGCUGGGUUUCCCAUUACUAAUCCCUGUAAACAACCAGACCACUGCCCCGAAGUUACUGACCAGGAAGAAUGUGUUGAAGAUAUCGCUAAUAUUUUAAGAAUAUUUCUAAAUCGAGAGAUGGCUGCAGGGGAAUCAUCUUCGGAACGAAUGGUGGAUGAAGAAAGCCAUGCCGUCCAAACAAAACGCCCCCAAUGUGCGAAACCCCGGACGCUGGCCCUGUUUUUCGUCGUUUCUAUUCUUUUAAAUUUUUUGUUGGUGUCUAUUAUGUUGGGACUUUUACUUGCUGGAAAAUUGGCUAAAGAACCAGGAACGAGCGAUGAACAAGAAGCAAAAACAACUAUAAAACCAGCUGUAAAGGGGGCCACGCUCGACCUAAAAAGUGAUAUGGACCAAGUGUGUAUACAAUGUGACCCCGGGGAGGGGGUGAAGCUUAACCUCGUUACACUGUAUCCUAUCAACAACGGUACCCAGCCGCUCUGCUGUACAGAAUAUACUCAACCUGGACUGACUGAUUGGGGGUUGAAGUCACGCCAGGAUUAUGACUUUUCGCAUGCAUUGGACAGCGGUGUAUCCAGUUUUGACUGCCCACCAACUUCAGAUGGGAGAGUCCAGCCUGCCGGUCUCGCGUUCUUGGACUUCGAAAGAAGCUCAGAUGGCGGAUUACGUUGGACUCAGUACGACGGGUCUUACCUGAGAGGGGGAGUUACUAUAACCACUAUUGGAUCCUAUACAAUGCUCCAGGUCCCCGAAGACGGCCUGUAUCGGGUCUAUAGCGAUUUGGAGUUUCGAGGUAAUCUCGAUUCUGAAGAGGAUGUAACCAAAGCAAAUAUUCAAGUCCAUUCCUUGGUGCGAUUUCCAAAUAAGGUUGUGCAGAUGAACCGAUUUACGCUUAAAGAAAAUGAUAUAAAGAAAAGUGUGGCUACAGCGGUACUGGAACUUAAUGCGCAGGACGCCAUCUUUGUCGCUGUGAAAGACAUCAGUUACAUAUAUGAUGAUUCCAGCGUCAACAGAUUCGGUUUAUACAAGUUGUCUUAGCAUAAGUGAUAUGACGUCAUUCAUGACGUCCUUUGACAUAAGUAUGUGGUUAGGAAGUAGUUCAUACCUGACACACGCGAACAAUCGUUAUAGAUGAGCGUUUUACUCAAAACUAUUUUAAGUGCCAACUCCAGUUCGCAACACACUUGCCAUAUACCAGCUAAAUUUCGGAUAAGACACUAAUUUGGCGUUGCCAUUACGUUGAACGUCACUGGAAGACCGAAAUAGGGGUUGGUUACAGACGUGUUAACCUAUUGUAUCGCUUAGCUAUGGUUGGAAGUUGAGACAGGGGACCAACCAGCAACAGUGGUACCGGCUGUAUUGUUUACAGAUCUCAUGUGUAAUGUGGAUGUAGGUCCGGGCUGUUUCCACUUAUCAAGGAGAGACGUAUUCUUCGGCCUCCAUUGGCGAUAUCGGGGAGGGACGUUGUGAUUAUGGCAGGCUCCCAUCCUGACCAUUUCUAGGGGUAUCGGCGGAGCUAGCUAACAUGUUCAAUUUGUGGGAAUUAACAUUGCUGGACAUGUUUGCUGUGUACAAUAUGUAGAUAGGAAACAGUGUAUAUAUAGUGUACAUGUAUGGUGUAUGUGCUUGAUUUUGUAUGUAUAAGUUACGUCUUGUAAAUACCAUAGAAAACCUGAAGCUUGUCAAACAUCAUCAUAUUUCUGAUUAUUGUAACCCAUACAUCUUAACACUAACUAUAGCAUAUUCGGUAUCAUUAAUGUGUUUCGGCCUGGUAAAGCCUUACUGUUGCGUUUGGUGAACUGUUUUGUGGUGUCCGAUGUAAGGUUUGCUUUGGGAGCUUUAUAAUUAGGGGUCCUGGUGUAAGUAUUUUAAGUGAUCUAUAUGUACAAAUAUAUGGUUGGUGAUCUAUGUGGCGUGUUCUCCCGGUGUAAGUUUGACUGGUGAAAUAUGGGUGUUGUUCCUUAGUUUAAGAAUUAAUAAUGAGCUAUCUGAUGUACAUGUAUGUUAAGUGAGCGAUGUGGUGUGUUGUCCCGAUGUAGAUAUUUUAGUGAGCUAUGUAAUGUGUUGUCCCGGUGUAAAUGUUUUAGUGAGCUAUGUAAUUUGUUGUCCCGGUGUAAAUGUUUUAGUGAGCUAUGUAAUGCGUUGGUCCCGUUGUAAAUGUUUUAGUGAGCUAUGUAAUGUGUUGGUCGCGGUGUAAAUGUUUUAGUGAGCUAUGUAAUGUGUUGGUCCCGGUGUAAAUGUUUUAGUGAGCUAUGUAAUGUGUUGUCCCGGUGCAAAUGUUUUAGUGAGCUAUGUGGCGUGUUGUCCCGGUGUAAGUUUGACCGGUGAACUGUGGCGUAUUGUUCCUUUGUUUAAGAAUAUUUAAUGAGCUUUCUGAUGUAUGUUAAGUGAGCGAUGUAAUGUGUUGUCCCGGUGUAAAUGUUUUUAGUGAGUUAUGUGUCGUACACUGUAUGUUUUGUGAGCCUUGUGGUGUGGUGCCCCGACUUGAGUUAGGUGAACUAUGUUGUAUUAUCUAUUCGUUAAUGCAAUGGAACGUGUCCAAACAAGAUCAUGUACAUAUUUUAUAUUCGGGUCAGGUAUGAAAACAGUACGUCAAAGUGUGUACAUUUUUUGUACGUAGCCCCAAAGAAACUCUCUGUACUCAGCUAGGUGAUUUUUUGUUAUUGUAUACAGAUGUAACGUAAAUAACGACCCCGUCAUCUGUGUGACCCAUUUCUGAAGUACAUGUAUAUGUACAUAGUUAACACAUUGACCAUAUCAGUUCAUAGUCAGCAGUCUCGCUGUGUAAGUGUGGGUGAUAGUUCAUAGCCAGCAGUCUCCCUGUGUAAGUGUGGGUGAUAGUUCAUAGCCAGCAGUCUCCCUGUGUAAGUGGGGGUGCUCGUUCAUAGCCAGCAGUCUCCCUGUGUAAGUGUGGGCGAUAGGUCAUAGCCAGCAGUGUCCCUGUGUAAGUGUGGGUGAUAGUUCAUAGUCAGCAGUCGCCCUGUGUAAGUGUGGGUGAUAGUUCAUAACCAGCGGUCUCCCUGUGUAAGUGUGGGUGAUAGAUCAUAGCCAGCAGUCUCCCUGUGUAAGCGUGGGGGAUAGGUCAUAGCCAGCAGUCUCCCUGUGUAAGUGUGGGUGAGAGGUCAUAGCCAGCAGUCUCCCUGUGUAAGUGUGGGUGAUAGCGCAGGUCGCAGUCGCCAGCUCUACAUACAGUUACGGUUUAUAUCCAUCACGUCCUGGAUUUUCCGUAGUAUCGGAAGAUUGUGUCGAUAUGAUCUGAGUAUAUUUAUACUUACUUGUCUUUAGUAUUAUUGUUGCUCUUUCAUUUUAUUUUAAGUGACAUACAAAUCUUAUCAUCCAAAUUUUCAAUAAAUGUUGUUAU